GCGUGUUUAUUGCUGCAGUCUUAUGUGGUGACCUUCGGUUUUCAGAACUUCCCUCAGGAUAACCAGAAGGUCCGUCUGUCUGUCAACGGCUUCCUGUGUGCGUUCGAGGUCCCGGUGCCGGGUUCGCCAACAUCACUGAGCUCGCCCACACUGACAGAUAUCACACCGAUAGCCAACAACACAGCUGCCAAUGGGCACGUGGGCAGUAAGCUCGACCUCAUCCCUAACGGCGGGCCCUGCAGCCCUGAGACGCCUCUGGCCAACGGGGUCGCCAACGGACACAUCACACCGGUGCACGAGAGCCCCUUUAUUGGAUACAUCAUCGCUAUGCACAGGAAGAUGAUGCGCACAGAGUUGUACUUCCUGUCGUCUCAGAAGAACCGACCCAGUCUGUUCGGCAUGCCGCUCAUUGUUCCCUGCACUGUGCACACCAGUAAGAAGGACCUGUACGACGCCGUCUGGAUCCAGGUGUCCAGACUGGCCAGUCCCCUGCCCCCACAGGAGGCCAGCAACCACGCCCAGGACUGUGAUGACAGCAUGGGCUAUCAGUACCCCUUUACUCUGAGGGUCGUGGGCAAGGAUGGAAACUCGUGUGCCUGGUGUCCGUGGUACAG